GCCAGUGCCGACGUCGCUGUGAGCCCGGGUGCCGGUGAGAUGGCGCGCGCGAGACGGCCCGCGAACUUCGCGCGAAUCCACCGCACAAUCUCACAUGCCUAAUAAAUUUUAUUACCACCUCGGGAACUCACAAUUUUAUACGCGCUCUUCACAUGUCACUGUGGUGUUGAAUUUCGUUUAGCUAGUUUUCAAUUUAGAUCAUGGUUUACUUUCUUUAGAUAAAAUUUUAUGGUACUUAUUUACUUAAUAGUUAAGUAUAAUGAAAACUAAUGACGUUAAUUAUAGUUUUAGUAUUCGGUAAUAGAGUAAAGAUAGAUUUUUAGUCAAUAUGUUAUCGUGGUGGUUGUUACGGCAGUUACUUUGGAUAGCGGCGCUUUUUAUUAUAAGAGGUGUGGUAUGCUGUGACGAAGAGUACCGGUUGAUCAGACACCUGAUGCAGAAGUACGAUGCGUCCGUGAGACCGGUGGAGAACUCCUCCACCCCGCUCCUGGUCACCUUCGGGGUCUCCCUGCAUCACAUCAUCGACGUGGAGGAGAAAGACCAGCUGCUCACGACGAACUGCUGGAUCACGCAGGUGUGGACGGACCACCACCUGCGCUGGAACGCCAGCGACUUCGACGGCAUCAACGUCAUCCGGAUGCCCUACGAGCGGGUCUGGAAACCGGACAUCAUCCUGUAUAAUAAUGCCGACCCCAACUACCGCUCCGCCGUGAUCAACACGAACGUGAUCGUGAAGAGCAGCGGCGAGGUGACGUGGCUGAGCCACGGCAUCUACGUGUCCGUGUGCGACAUCAACGUGGAGCAGUUCCCCUUCGACAUCCAGCUGUGCACCAUGAAGUGGGCCUCGUGGACCUACGACGGGUUUCAGCUGGACCUGAAGAAGCAGUUCGACGAGGGCGACACCACGAACUACCAGACGAACGGCGAGUUCGACCUGGUCAGCUUCGACGCGAUCCGACACGACCAGUACUACUCGUGCUGCGUGGAGCCCUACCCCGACAUCACCUACGUCAUCAAGCUGCGCCGCAGACCCAUGUUCUAUGUGUUUAAUCUCAUCUUGCCGUGUCUGCUUAUUAAUGGUAUUGCACUGCUGGUGUUCUACGUGCCCUCGGAGUCGGGUGAGAAGGUGACGCUCGGCAUCAGCGCGCUGCUGUCCAUGACCGUGUUCCUCAUGACCAUCCGGGAUACGCUGCCGCCCACGGAGAAGACGCCGCUAAUUAGUUUAUAUUACGGCGUGAGCACCUGCCUCGUGUCGUUUUCAGCUUCGCUUUCAGUCGUCACCCUCAAUAUAUCUUACAGAGGAGUGAGAGGGCAGCCGGUGCCGGCGGUCCUGCGCGAGCUGGUGCUGCAGCGGCUCGCCAGGAUGCUCUUCAUCAACCUCGACACUGACCCUAAGGCUGACAGCGGCAGCGCGGUGGUGGCGGGCGUGCAGGUGAACCCCCGCACAGGCUCGCGGCUCAAGUCCGACGUGCGCUGCGACGGCGCGCCCCCGCCCCCCGCCUCGCCCCGCUUCGCCCGCCAUAACCACAACCAUCACGGCCACACAGUCCCCCCGCCCCCCGGCGCGGGCGGCGCGGGGGAGGGGUGCGGGGCGGGCUGCCCGCGCUGCUCCUGCUGCGGGUGCACGCUGCGCGACGCCGCCGCCCGCCACGAGCAGCGCGUCGCCGCUAACGAGCGGCUCGAGAGAGCCAACUUGGAGUGGAAGCAGGUAGCGGUGGUGGCGGACCGCGCCCUCCUGGCUGUGUUCGUGCUAGUCACCACCAUCUCCACCGCGGCCAUCCUCCUACCACAGCUGAACAACCUGCACGUCGGCAACACACCCCUGAAACCACCCAUCUAGGUAGCAGUACCGCGUGACUACAGACGUCUUUGUGCCAACGAAUUUUAGUGUGAAGAUGUAAGAUGUAUCGCAAGCGGAGGAGAAUAGGUAAAUAAGAUGUAAAAAUUGUGACGGGAUGAUCUGCGUGUAGUAUAGAAAUUACUGUUGCAAUUAAUUAUGAUUGUAUAUAUAUUAUGUAUGUGCCAAAUAUUUGAAUAGAUUCAAUGUCAAUUAAAUUAAGAGUUAAAAAUCCACGUAAUUAAUUACCAAUAAGUUGGUUUUGAAUAAUUUUGUAUCUGCGAUAUG